AUGGACACUUCGAAGUAUAUACAGUCGUGUAAUCCAGCACGUUUUGUUAUUACUUUUUCUUUAUUAAUCUUUUCAAUCUUAUUUGCAUUACAACUUGAUGGAUAUAUUAAAAUUAGUUAUUGGCUUGUUUUCUUGCCAUUAUUUAUAUGGAAAAUGCUUGUAGUUUUUGGUGCUUGUACAGGUGUCUUUUUAUGGUGUAAAAAUGGCGAAAGAAAUAGAUUCAUUCGUACACCUGAUAAUGAUUGUCGAGCAUUAAUUAUUUAUUUUUUUCUUCAUAUACUUAUAUUUAUAUUUGAAAUACUUACAUGUGACAAACUAGAAAAUCAUUUAGAUAUUCAUUGGACUGUAUGUUUUAUUCCAUUAUUUCUAUGUACAUGUCUUGCCUUUUUAUCAUGCUUGUGGUCAUUAAAAGUACAAAGAAAUUUUCUCAUUCAAGCGUUUAUAUCAGCUAAUGGACUUUUCUUUUUGUUUUUUCCACUUCGUUUAGAUGAUCUAAUUACAUGGCGAUAUGUUGUUGUCUUUAUUCCAUUAUGGAUAUCAUUAUGUAUUACAUUAUUAUUUGUCAUUUCAAAAUUAAUUCUUGCUAUUAUUCAUCGUUGUUCUCGUCGUUUAAUAACUAACCAACGUGAAUCAAGUACGAUUACAGAAGCAUUUAUUUAUGCAAUCAUGUUCAUUCCAUUUAGCAUUUUUGCGAUUCUACUUGCUGAUCGACUUGAUCUUGAAGAUAAUGAACAAAAUGGAAAAAUCUCAUUCACUGUGAUAGCUAUUCCAUUAUGGAUUGCUUUAAUAGCAUGGCUUACAUUUUCAUUUGGUGCUACAGAUAGCAAUCCAUGGUGGUUUGGUCUUCGACGUGAUUUAUUUGAGAUUAUUCUUGGUAAAUGUCCAUUUAUAACACUUUAUUUUAAUAAUCAAUUUAAAUUUGGACCACAUUCAUCAACAACAGCACCAACAAAUAAUAUUAUUAUUGAUGUAACAACAUCAACUGUGAAUAAAAAUACUGAAUCUAUGAAUAUGAACAAAUUAUUAACAGCAAAUACUAAUAAUGAAAAAAAUUCUGGUAUACAAUAUCACUUCAUGUCACUUUUAGAACCUGAUUAA